CCCAUAUUUCGCAUUGCAUCACAUUUUCAAAUAUCUUUGGUCUCUUUUCUUUCACUUUUAUUUCCUCACUGAGCCAUUUCAGUGAAAUAUCAUUUGAAAAACCACACGAUUAAAUCACAUAAUUUUUCAACCACAUGCAUUUGAAAUUAUGCAAGGGGUGUGUGUGUGUGGAAGCCCCAACUCUUGCUGUUUGCAGGCUUCCAUCGUUUAUUUCUGUCAUUUACGUUUCCUCAAUAUAAUCUGUUGCUCAACCCCACAAAUAUUCUGGAAGACAAGAGGGGUGAGGAACUCCCCCCCCCCCCGGAGAGGGAAGGGGGGAAGCCAAGCAAACGUGGGUUGUGGGUGGAGAUGAGGAAGAGAAGCCAUUCUUCUUCCGGAAUAGGAGGGAAUUCUCAGAGAAGCCAGGGGAGUUUUGCAAAGAUCUGUAAGUUUCCAUUCCCCGCUUUUUUCUCACGUCUUGGCUUGGCUCCCGAGGAGGGGAGACAAAACGGAGAGCAGAUGCGGGAAGAGAAGGAAGAAUUAUGGAGACGGGGGUGGAUUCCCAGCUCCUUGCUAGACGUUGCAGUAGUCCGAAGAGCAGCAUCGGAUGCGGACCUGGUGGCCGUGCGACUCCUUGUUUACCCCGCAGCCUUUUUUCUUCUGUCUGCUGCAGCCCAGGAUCCUGAAUUUCUCCUUUCCGUCUGUGGGUGGGGGGGGAGAAGAAGGGAAAGUAGGGAAAGUUUGGCAUCCGCGGCCUCUCCAGCCUCUCACUGCAGCAGCCAGAACCAGCUCUGGGCUUGUAAACUUCCUCCUGACUCACCCCAGCCUCUUACGGUGCUCCCACCCCUCUGCUAUCCCAUGCCUGCAUUCAUUCGUUUAAUUUCUCCUCACUUUUCUGUCCCAGCUUUCCUGCAGGGAGCUCAAGGCUGCGCACAUGGUUCUUCCUCUCCUCCUCCAUUGAUCCCUACAACAACCCUGUGGGGUAGGAAUAUUUAAAAUAAAAAUACAAAAUGUCCAGUUGCACCUUAGAGACCAACUAAGUUUAUUCUUGGUAUAAGCUUUCAUGCGCAUGCACACUUUGCGCACUUCUUCAGAUGAUAACAACAACAACAAUUUAUUAUUUAUACCCCGCCCCUCUGGCUGAAUUUCCCCAGCCUCUCUGGGCGGCUUCCAAUCAAGUGUUAAAAACAAUACAGCAUUAAAUAUUAAAAACUUCCCUAAACAUAGAUACCUAUGCACACGAAAGCUUAUACCAAGAACAAACUUAGUUGGUCUCUUAAGGUGCUACUGGACAUUUUUUUAAUUUUAUUUUUAUACUUCGACUGCGUCAGACCAACAUGGCUACCUACCUGAAUCUAGAACCUGUGAGGUAGGCUAGGCUAAGAAGCAGUGGCAGUAAUGCCAACUCAAAUAAAAUAUUUGAGGGGGAGGCCGGAUUUAGGUAUGAUGAGGCCGCCCUAAGCUACUGAAGGUAAUGGGGCCCUUUAUAUGUCCAGCUGUCCUUUGUCAACAACAAAUUGUCGCUGUUUUUUGCGUUGAAUAAUAGGUAUCUAAAGCCAUUUGACACUGUUGCUGUAUGUAAGGUUUUAUUUUAUUUGUUUUUUAUCUUAUGUUUUGGAAAUGUACAUCCAGGGUUUUUUUCCCUUUAAUUUUUUGGGAGGCCCCCAAGAGAGUGGGGCCCCUAAGCUAUAGGUUGUUUGGCUUAUACAUAAACCUGGCAUGGGGGGGCAGGUAAGCUCUGCCCUGCAUAAUCGAUCGCAUGACACGCUGCAUGUACACGAUUUGAAUUGCAAUGUCCAUCAACUCUGGGGGCCCCAGCCCCCCCCCAAAAAAAUAUUUUUUGGGGGAAGGGACCUUGGCUCCUAGGAGUUGGCUCCUAUGCUCUGUGGGGAUAGUCCGAUGGCCUAGUCCGAUGCUCUAACCACUGUGCUAUGCUGUGUAUACAUUGCAGGCUUAAAAUGCAGCUAGGGUGUACUUUUUAUGCUCCUUCGUUGUCUUGAUUCAGAUCGAAGCUGGGUUUUUUUUGGGGGGGGGGCGCACAUCAAAAUGUUUCCCAAGAAACAGCAGGAUAGAUAAAAGAAAUGUGGUUUGUGGCUUUGUGUUCAUCACUUUCUAAGCCAGCAGCAGUGGGACGCUGGAUGAAGAGCAGACCACACUGGGCUAACUUAAUGAAAAAUUCUUCUGAUUUCUAUGUACCAGGGGGUGUUGACAGGCAGGGAUGCCUUUACCCUAUGCAAAAGGUGUUUGCACUGGGUCUGGAGAGGAAUUAGGAGCGCCGUAAGAAUUCCAAUCAGUUUGAAGCUGGUUUAAGAAACAGCGUGGCAGACAGCAGUAUCUUUUACAGCAAAGCACAGGAUACCUAUGCAUAUUGGAUUGUGACAUGUGAACACAUUUAAAAAGACAACUGCUUUGGAAUGGCAGUAGAUGGGAGUGUGGACACAGCCUCUGUCUCUUUUUGUGUGCGUGGGCGAUUUAAGAAACUACACACACACACACACACACACACACACACACACACAGCAACAGCAUCACUGCUAAAACCAGUUCCAUAUUAUGAAAACCAAGUGCCCUGGGCCAGGAUGCUGAGGAGGACUAGAAAAGGUCUUAGGGGAAAUUGGUAGAUUGCACCAGUGACGUACAGAAAACACAGGCUUCAGACCCGUGUUAGUUAACCUGCUCAAUAAGUUCUGCCCUGGUUCACAUGGCCGCAAUUUCCAUCGUCUGGCAGCAGAGAUCUUCCUGACUGUUCCACAAGUCAAAGGUCUCCCUAAAAAGAGCUUGCAAGCCCUGAGUGGGCCAUACAGUUUGAGAGACUCCAGACCCGGGGCAGGGAAUCUGUGGCCUUCCUGAUGUCGUUGGACUCCAACUCCCAUCAGCCCCAGCCAAUGGUCAUGGAUGGUGGGAGUUGUAGUCUAGCAGCACCUGGAGGGCUGCAGGUUCUCCUUGCUCAAUUCAACCGGUUCUGAAGGAUGCGGCAACCAGACCAGGGUCCCUUACCUUGGCUGAUGCGGAUGGUCAUGCAUUUUUCUCCCUGAGACAUGCAACCUUCGACCCCAGUCAUGCACUCGGCAUCGGGACUCUUCAUGAGACAAGUGUUGCAUUUGAUACUCUCUGGGAAAGAAAGCAGAGUGAGUCCUCCUUGCUUUUGCUGUAAGGUCUGCUGCCUUGUGUAACACCCAGUUGGACUACUGCAAUGCGCUCUACGUGGAGCUACCUUUGAAGGUGACCCGGAAACUACAACUAAUCCAGAAUGCGACAGCCAGAUUGGUGACUGGGAGCGGCCGCCGAGACCAUGUAACACCAGUCUUGAAAGACCUACAUUGGCUCCCAGUACGUUUCCGAGCACAAUUCAAAGUGUUGGUUCUGACCUUUAAAGCCCUAAAUGGCCUCGGUCCAGUAUAUAUGAGGGAGCGUCUCCACCCCCAUCGUUCUACCCGGACACUGAGGUCCAGCACUGAGGGCCUUCUGGCGGUUCCCUCACUGCGAGAAGCCAGGUUACAGGGAACCAGGCAGAGGGCGUUCUCAGUAGUGGCGCCCUCCCUGUGGAACGCCCUCCCACCAGAUGUCAAAGAGAACAACUACCAGACUUUUAGAAGACAUCUGAAGGCAGCCCUGUUUAGGGAAGCUUUUAAUGUUUGAUGUAUUACAGUAUUUUAAUAUUUUUUGGAAGCUGCCCAGAGUGGCUGGGGAGGCCCAGCCAGAUGGGCGGGGUAUAAAUAAUAAAUUAUUAUUAUUAUUAUUAUUAUUAUUAUUAUUAUUAGGACUUACCCCCGGAUUCAAGCAGAGCAAGGGAACAAACGGCAAAGAGCAGAGCCCCAACCAUCUUGGAAUCGAUUGCUUCUCUCUCAGUCGAGAUCUCCAGUCGAGGGAUAAAAUAACCAUCCUACACUGACAGGGGACAGACCUUUGCAAAAGCACAAUCUGUAGGCGGUGGGUGCAGUGGCUGGCUAAUCAUUCCCAAGACUGGAGGUGGUACUCAAGAGGAGACCCAUUGAAAUUAAUGAACAGGACUAAGUUAGGUCCAUUGAUUUCAAUAGAUUUGUGCAGCAUAAUGCUUAGUUGAGUACCACCCUCGGAAACGAGAUGUACAAGAUUCUAUGUGUGUUCCCGUACCAUAUUUUCGGUACUCUUUAACCUUACAGUUGAAUAUUUGUGAGUCAACGCCAGAGGCCAAGGCGAAGCAUAGCUGGGCAGUAAAACGUGGGUUUGCACCCCUUUGGCUCCAAGAUCAAACACAUGCAUCUAGGGAGAGGGCAGGUUUCUAUGUAUGAUUAACAGACCAGUAGUGUUCAGGACUGGGGGUCAAGACCCUGAGGGGGCUCGGCUUCUUUUCAGGUAUGUCCAAAGUUCAUUUCGGGGGCCUAAUCCGGCUCUCUGGCUGAUUUAAUCCGGCCCCCGUGGCAGUAUAUGUCCUGAGGUAAAAUCCUUUAAAAAGCUCAACAACUUUGGUCGGCCCUCACACAUGUUUACUUCAUCAAAUCUGGCCCUCUUUGAAAAAUUUUUGGGCACCCCUGUUUUAAGAGUUUGAGAGGAGAGAGUAGGGGUCAAGAGAAAGGAGAGAUUCACCAGCAACGACCACCUUUUUCUCUCUUCGCAGGAAUACAGACAAGUUUAGGUAGUUUAGGAGUUUGCUCUUGAUCAGUUUCAAGAGACGUAGGCUCUUUAAAAACCAUUUCUCCUUGCCAGUCUAUUACUGACAGCAAACUGUCUUCUGACUACCCACUCCACAAAAAAUGAUGAUCCUGACCACAAGCAGACCACCAUUGUAUCACUUUGGCAUUGAACAGAUAGGCAGCCUGUGGGUCGCACCAGACACAGAAUCAUAGAGUUGGAAAAGACCCCAGCGCCAUGGGGUGAUGUCCAGCGCUGAGGGCCUUCUGGCGGUUCCCUCACUGAGAGAAGCGAAAUUACAGGGAACCAGGCAGAGGGCCUUCUCGGUAGUGACGCCCGCCCUGUGGAAUGCCCUCCCCUCAGAUGUCAAGGAAAUAAACAACUAUCUGACUUUUAGAAGACAUCUGGAGGCAGCCCUGUUUAGGGAAGCUUUUAAUAUUUGAUGAAUUAUUGUAUUUUAAUACUUUGCGGGAAGCCGCCCAGAUUGGCUGGGGAAGCCCAGCCAGAUGGGCGGGGUAUAAAUAAAUAAUAAUAAUAAUAAUAAUUACUACUACUACUAUCAUCAUCAUCCAACCCCUCAAUGCAGGAAUCUUGACUAACGUGGAGCUCAAACCCACAACCCUGAGAUGAAGAGGCUGAUGCUCUACCAACAGGCUUUCCCCCCUGUGCAAUGGAGUCUCUGUGCAAGAGAGGCUGGCUGAUAUAAGGACCCAUCUGGAACUCAAUUCCCAAAACAGUAAGGAGUCGUAUAUGACUUAAUUUAAGAUCCAUUGAUACGCCUGAUACCAAAACAUUUUCCUAGGUAGCAGUGAACAUUCCCGUUAUUUAUCCCAAUUGUUUUUUAAACUCUGCACAUCAAACUUAUUUGUUGAUAAUAAAUAUCUAUAAAAAGCCAUCACUGGCUUUUCAGUGUCCAACGAAUUAUCCAAUUGCUCCCUAAUUCCGGGUAUCUCAAAGGCUGUGAAGGCCGCCGAACCAAACUAAGUUGCUUAAAAGAUGUUGUUGCUUCAAGUAUUGCCAUUGUGCCACCUCUGACAGAUGGUGUUUUUCUCUUAGAGCAUCAUACGUAUAAAAUUAGUCUUCCUCAUCUAUACCUUUUAUCAUCCAGCUUUUUUCCAUAUUGCCAUAUUUCCCCCAAUUCUGCUUUAAUAGAACAGGGAUAGGCAAACUCAGGCCUCCAGAUGUUUUGGGACUACAACUCCCAUCAUCCCUAGCUAACAGGAUGGUCAGGGAUGAUGGGAGUUGUAUUCCCAAAGCAUAUGGAGGGCCGAGUUUGCCUGUGCCUGCCAUAGAGCAUUUUAAAAAUAAAUAAAUAAUUUUUUCAGAUUUAUACAUUUCACUAAUUUUACAAUCAUUUUAACAUUUCAAAACUUGACUUCUUUCCCCCCCUUUCUGCGGUUCCUUAAAUUUAUCUUUAAUAUCUUCUGAAUAUCCAAAUUAACUUAAUUUUAUUCAUUUAUUCAUCUCCUUUAAAUAUAUACUCAUAAAACUGCAGGCUAUCACAAGAAUCCUGUCAAUGUUCUUAUCUGUUUACAAUUUAUCUGUAAAUAUUCAAGAAAGCAUUUCUUUUAUAAAAAGUUUGUUAUCUUGAUUUCGUAUUCUUCCAGUAAGUUUAACCAUUUCUGCAUAUUCCAUAAGCUUUUAUAUCCAUUCUUCCAUUGCUAGGACUUCUGCUUCUUUCCAUUUUGGGGCAAGUAACAUUCUUGCCGCUGUAGUAGCAUACAUGAAUAAUUUUCUAUACAGUUUAGGUAGUUCUGUCCCUAUAAUUCCCAAAAGAAAAGCUUCUGUGGUUUUUGUGUGUGUUUUUUUAUAAGCAUUAUUUUAAACAUCCUUUUCAAUUCAUUAUAUAUCAUUUCCCCAUAGAAGAAGUGUAAGGAGUAAGGAUAGACAGCAUCUUAAAAAGCAGAGACAUCACCUUGCCGUCAAAGGUCUGUAUAGUUCAAGCUAUGGUUUUCCCAGGAGUGAUGUAUGGAAGUGAGAGCUGGACCAUAAAGAAGGCUGAUCACCGAAGAAUUGAUGCUUUUGAAUUAUGGUGCUGGAGGAGACUCUUGAGAGUCCCAUGGUCUGCAAGAAGAUCAAACCUCUCCAUUCUGAAGGAAAUCAGCCCUGAGUGCUCACUGGAAGGACAGAUCCUGAAGCUGAGGCUCCAAUACUUUGGCCACCUCAUGAGAAGAGAAGACUCCCUGGAAAAGACCCUGAUGUUGGGAAAGAUGGAGGGCACAAGGAGAAGGGGACGACAGAGGACAAAAUGGUUGGACAGUGUUCUCAAAGCUACCAGCAUGAGUUUGACCAAAGUGCGGGAGGCAGUGGAAGACAGGAGUGCCUGACGUGCUCUGGUCCAUGGGGUCACGAAGAGUCAGACACGACUAAACGACUAAACAACAACAAAGGAGUAAAGAGUCAAUGAUCCCCUGUGGCCAAAGACAACCAUGCUCCUGCUGCUAGACCAAAUGACCAGCAUGCUAUUUCUUCCUCCUGGAAGUCCACAACCAUGGUCUUGCAUGGCAGCUGCUCUCCCCUCCAGUGUGGGAAGGAAGGGGUUAAUCCACAGUAGCCACUCUGACCUCUACUGAAGCUCUAUGUCACCUUUGCUCUGCCCAGUGCUGUGUUGAUCUUCUGCUGCAUCCCUACCUGCCCCCUUGCUGACCUUGGGGUUUUUGUUUGUCUCCCAGAGUCGAGAUGCUCAAGGCCUCAUGGUGCUUUGCUGUGGUUGAAAGGCAGCAGCAGGCAAGGCUAACGAGAACCUGUCAGCAUCCGUGAAUGAAAGGGAGACGGCCCUGGUUCUUCUCCGCACCAGCCGUAGCUUUUGGGGAUCCAGCCCAAGGACCAUGGGCAGGUUGGGUAAGCAUGUCAGGUGACUAAGGUGAUACGUGGGCAAACCCUUUCUCCUCUCGUUGCUGAGCCAAAAGGGAAGGGAAGGAAAACAGAAAGUACUGAAACCUCUAGUUGUGGAACUGGGCAAUAGAAGGAAUGGAAGUUCUGUAUGCACCAUGCCCUUAAAGAUUGUCCCCCCCCCUACCGAAAAACUGUAGUUUAUUACUAUUACUAUUUAUUUCAUUUCAAUACUGCUUUAUAUUUUUAAGAAAAAUCUCAAAGCGGUUUACAGAAUAUUAAAACAUCAAUAAAACAAUCUGAAGAAAGUCAAAUACAGUGGUACCUCAGGUUACAUACGCUUCAGGUUACAGACUCCGCUAACCCAGAAAUAGUACCUCAGGUUAAGAACUUUGCUUCAGGAUGAGAACAGAAUUCACGCAGCAGCGACGUGGUGGCAGCAGGAGGCCCCAUUUGCCUCCAGCUAUUAAUUAAUAACCCAAGAUCACAGCAUCUUUCCAAUAGUUUCUGGACUUUCAUGCAGGGUCAAGAUCUCCCUCACCUGGCUAGUGCUCACUCUCUGAGGACAUCUGUCUCCAAUAACGCAUAUACAGUGGUACCUUGGGUUGCAGACGCUUCAGGUUACAGACUCCGCUAACCCAGAAAUAAUACCUCGGGUUAAGAACUUUGCUUCAGGAUGAGAACAGAAAUUGUGCUCUGGCGGCGCGGCGGCAGCAGGAGGCCCCAUUAGCUAAUGUGGUGCUUCAGGUUAAGAACAGUUUCAGGUUAAGAACGAACCUCUGGAACGAAUUAAGUACUUAACCCGAGGUACCACUGUACACACAAAAAUUGACUGGCAGGCGAAGAUGAUAGAAUAUUUAGAACUUGGGAAAAUGACUGGGAGGAAACUCAAACCAGAAAGUGAGGAAAGGUUGGACAAUGUUUAAAGAAUAUCUUAAAAAGUACGUAAUGUGAUAAUGCAAAUCUCCUGACAGGUCUAGAUUGAAUCUUGAAUAAUAACGAAAUUAUAGAAGCAAAAAUCACCUUUGAUAUUUAACAGUUAAAAAAUAAGGAAGUGCGUAUCGACCCAUCAUGUGUAAAAAGUACAAUGAGGUGAAUCGGAAGUCAAAAGUGUGCGUGAUCUCAAAUGAUAUGUUGUUAGUGUUUAGUUGUUAUGAGGGUAUAGUAUUGGUCUGUUUGUGUUGUUUUUUAUGUAGUAUGUAAAUUGUUUUGCAAUAAAGCUUUAAUAAAUUAAAACAAAAACAAAUAUAGAGUAUACAGUCAAAGCAACAUAAUUAACAGAAAACUAAAAUAUUAUCUUAGAGAUUUCAAAAUACAGUGGUACCUCGGGUUACAUAUGCUUCAGGUUACAUACGCUCCGCUAACCCAGAAAUAGUACCUCAGGUUAAGAACUUUGCUUCAGGAUGAGAACAGAAACUGUGCUCUGGCAGCGCGGCAGCAGGAGGAGGCCCCAUUAGCUAAAGUGGUGCUUCAGGUUAAGAACAGUUUCAGGUUAAGAACGGACCUCCGGAAUGAAUUAAGUACUUAACCCGAGGUACCACUGUAUUACAAAGGAGGUCAACUACGGAAUACAUAUUUAACACAACGUUAACAAACAAACAAAAAGCCUUAAACAUUUCCCCCCAAAAUUGCUAAGUGAAGUCAAAUAUAAAAUGCACAUUUAAAAAAGCAUAAUUAACAAGAGAAUAAAAGAUUAUCAUAAGCAUAACACGGCUGUUUGGCAGGCAAAAAAAGAUGGGGCAAAAGUUAGGGGUUUCUUGUCAGGCAUAGCAAUGUCCCUCUGGUCUCACAAGGAGCCUCUUUAUUACAGGUGUUGGGAGUUGUAGUUCUGUGAGUGGUGAACUACAGUUCCUAGGAUUUUUCCAGGAGAUGUGCACUUUAAUGUCUGGUGUGUACUCAGCCAAAGAUGCAAAAUAGCCCUGAAAAUUUCAGAUGGCAUAUGAAAAAAUACGAACUCAAUUCAGCUUAAGGAAUCUCUAUACAGAUUUGCAUGCUGAUUUACAGUAAGACCAGGGUUCUCCACAAAGAAGCCUAAUUUUUUAAUAUAUGUCUUAGGGCACCACAUCAAUAAUAAUAGUUUUUAAAUAUCUAUAUCUUUUUUCCUCCUGGCAGGUUUUGGAAGGGAAUAUUGGGGUCCAUUGUGGAAUGUAUUUUCUGAUUUCGGUGUAUGUGACAUGAAGAGAUUAUAGGCACAUGCAAGCAAGAUUUGUGCAAGCUCUUCUAGCUGACUUUUAAGUAUUUUUGCUGCAGCAUAUCCUGUUGCCAAAGAGGCAAGCCACUUUUUGGUUUAAAAAGCGGCUUGCCUCUUUGGCUAUUGCUGUGGCAACAAAAUGUAGGGGAGGGGGAAGGGAAAUAGUUGUUUUCAGUCAAGUCACCACUACUGAGCAUACAUUUGUUUAAUGACAAAUUCAGGCGUGAUUGUCAUGGAAUUGUAGAGUUGGAAAGAACCCUGAGAAUCAUUUAGCCCAAUCCCCGGCAAUGCAAGAUUUUUUUUGUGCAACGUGGGGCUUGAACCUACCAACCUAAGUUUAAGAGUCCAAUGCUCUACCAAUUGAGCUAUCCCUCUGUGUGUAUGUGUGUGAUGUUUUAAAUGGCCCGCAAAAAAGCUUUCACUCCAGUGUUGAUACGACUGCCAAAAGAUGAAACAGGCUUCGAUGCAUUAACCUUAAGUAACAAGAAGUUGGCAUAUGUCCAAUAUAUUUUUCACACAUGAGAUGGCACCGUUUCUGAAUGCUGUUCUUUGGGGGCAUAACGUUGAAAGCAGAGAUGCUAGCCAAUACAGGCUCAAAUUUUCGCAUUACAGACCAAUAUAAAGCGCAAACGACUAAUUUCAGCGCUGCAUGCAAAUACUGUCUUACUGCGUGAUUUGCUGAUGCAUCUGGCAAGAACAAGGAAAAAAAAUCUGUCCUUCGAGCCGGAGUCGAACCAGCGACCUAAGGAUGACUUUGGCAGCAGUCUACAGUCCUCCGCUCUACCAGCUGAGCUAUCGAAGGGACAAGCCUAGGGUGCUGUGCCUCACCUUUUAACUGUGGGUGUGGCACCUGCUGGGCGUGGAACUGGAAUUUCAAUGGGAGGUACUCCCUUUGAAUGCCUUCCCCAGGCUUCCUGCCUCUCUGCCAGCAAGCCUAAGAUCUAAAGCAUGGGUAGGCAAACUAAGGCCGGGGGCCGGAUCCGCAGACGGUCCAGGAAUCAGCUUGUUUUUACGUAAAUAAAAUGUGUCCUUUUAUUUAUAAUGCAUCUCUGGGUUAUUUGUGGGGCCUGCCUGGUGUUUUUACAUGAGUAGAAUGUGUGCUUUUAUUUAAAAUGCAUCUCUGGGUUAUUUGUGGGACAUAGGAAUUUGUUCACCCCCCAUAUAUAUAUAUAUAUAUAUAUAUAUAUAUAUAUAUAUAUACAUACCCCCCCAUAUAUCCAUAUAUAUAUAUAUAUAUAUAUAUAUAUAUAUCCAUAUAUAUAUAUAUAUAUAUAUAUAUAUAUAUAUAUAUAUAUAUAAAGAUAGUAAGAAAACCCACAAGCAUAGCCUUUAAAAAUCCUGGGCUGGAUUUCAACUAAGUGGCUGCAUUGGCAGAAGCCAGCACAAUGGUUAGCAGGCUGUUGUGCUGAAACGUGAAAAGCUUUUGAAAUAAAAGACCAAGGUAACUCUCCAUCCCUUCCUUUUGGGCCUGAGAAGGCCACUUCUCUCCUUUAGAUCAGGUAUGGGAAAAUUGUUUUUGUAGUGUUUGUUUGAAAUAUAUCCUUUGCUGUAAUGCGUCCCUUGUUGUAAGCUGCUUCGAGCAUGGUGUGUGUGUGUGUGUGUGUGUGUGUGUGUGUGUGUAAAAAAGUGGCAUACAAAUAAAAUGAACGAAUAAGUGAAUGAAUGAAUGAAUGAAUGAAUGAACGAACCUUUGGCCCUCCUGAUGCAGCUGAACUACAACUCCCAUCAGCGUAAGCAAGCAUGGCCAAUGGCCAAGGAUGAUGGGAGUUGUAGUUCAGAAGAUGUAGAAUGUACAUAGAUGUAGAUGUACAUAGAAAGAAGAUUCCACCUGAACAUUAGGAAGAACUUCCUGACAGUAAGAGCUGUUUGACAGUGGAAUUUGCUGCCAAGGAGUGUGGUGGAGUCUCCUUCUUUGGAGGUCUUUAAGCAGAGGCUUGACAACCAUAUGUCAGGAGUGCUCUGAUGGUGUUUCCUGCUUGGCAGGGGGUUGGACUCGAUGGCCCUUGUGGUCUCUUCCAACUCUAUGAUUCUAUGAUUCUAUGAUUUGGAGGACCAAAGGUUCAUCACACCUCUUCUAGAUGUUUCUGGACCGUACAUCAUCCCUGCCCAUUGAGGCUUUUAGGUGCUGGAUAGGUAUACAGGUUCCCCAUCUCUGUUAGAAGGGGUCCCCCUCAUCUCAGUUCAUUGACUUAACUUGCAUUCAGUGUGCAUCUUAUGAUGAUGUUGUCAUCCAUCAUCAACAGCUGCCGCCCUUGCCUCUGCAGUGUCAUGACUUUGUGCCAAGAUUUCUCAAGGAAUAUAUGGAAGCUUUCAUUGAAAUUCCAGUUCCAUGCCCUGUAGGCCAAUCGCUGCCUUUUUUUUUAAAGGAAGCCGCAUCCCAAGUUGAAAAGAACAAGGCAAAGCUUUGGGCUUGUUCCUUCGAUAGCUCAGCUGGUAGAGCGGAGGACUGUAGAUUGUCGUCCAAGCCAUCCUUAGGUCGCUGGUUCGAUUCCGGCUCGAAGGACAAAGUGUUUUUGCUUGCCAGAAGUAGCUCCUGAUCUCCUAACCAAUCGUACACUGUGGCUUCCCUCAUCAUGACUACAAACAGUCUGGAGAAACCCUCUGAGUCAUACCGAAGCCUCUAAGCCAAAAUAAGAUCUCGUAGUUUGAAAAUACCAGAAUAUAGUUUUCUGCACCUAGCCUUGAGACAAGUGAGUUUCAUCUCCUGUUUCAGUUGCCGGUUUGUGGACCAGCUACUGAGCCGUGCAGCACGAAAUGAAAGGAGUCCUGUGUUCAUUGGCAAAGGGGUAGACACUGUUCAAUAAAACACUUGUCCAACUGCAUCCCAGAUCAAACCUGCAAGUGCUACGGCCCUUGAGAAGUGCUGCUGCUGCUGGUGGUUCUUGUAGUGAGGAACCCCAUUCCCUCAGCAGCAAGAUAUUGCCACUGCAGUGCAUUGCCAAAGCAAAUCCUCAAAGCAGAGAAGCUUCUUGGAGGGGAGAAACCAAGACCCCACAGAACAAACAAGCAGCAGCUACACAUGUAUUGCACAACUGGUGCCUGGGAAAACCAGGACUGGAGUCUGACUCAGGAGAGGGGAGCAUGGAUUUGUGGGGACCUGUACCAGCCAGGAGACGAGACUCAGAGGCAGGGGAAGCUUCAGAGCUGGAGAAAGAAGAGGAAGAAGCAGGUCAGGCAAGUGAAGGACCGGAUGCUUCCUGACCCACUCCUGCACCACUGUCUCCCAGAACCAGGAGCGAACAGAAGUGGGAAGAGCAGAGGCAGCUUCCAUAAAGGCGUAGUCUCUGGCUGCAUGUGUGCAGCCUGUCGUGGGGAGGUGCAUAAGCUGGUGAAGGGGGCAUGGCCCCCUGUUGCUGAAAUUCCUUCGUAGAGCGUAGAAUAGCUGCCUAGAUACAAGGCUGGUGUGUGCAGGUAUUCGGAGCCGAGGAAACUACUGUAAGUGUCAGCUUUGACAAUGAAGAGCUAACUAUCUUCCGUGGGCAUUCAUGUGGUUGACAAGAUAUCAGAAGAGAGAGGAAAGUGCCCUCACAUCUUUGCUUGUAUGUUUCCCAUGGGCACCUCGUUGGCCACUGUUAGAACAAGCCACUCUUCUUCUUCUUCUUCUUCUUCUUCUUCUUCUUCUUCUUCUUCUUCUUCUACUACUACUACUUUGGCGAUCACUUGUAGCCAAGUAAGUUUGUCUUCCAUGAACACAGUUUUAGCAGUAAGUCUGUAAGUGACUGUGGAGGCCAAUUCUGGAUCCACACAUCCUUCCACAGUGGGGACAUUGGUUUCCGGGCGGGAGAUGAUCACGGUGAGGGUUUUCCAAACAUGCCUUCCUCUUAGCAUGUUUCUCCCUUUUGUCCUGAGUUCGAGCAUCUUCAAAGCCCAUGACACCUUUGGUAAAGGCUGUUCUCCAACUGGAGCACUCUCAGGCCAGUGUUUCCUAGUUGUUGGUAUUUAUACUACAUUUCUUUAGAUUUGCCUUUGAGAGAGUCUUUAAACCUUGUUAACCACCAGCAUUGCACUUUCCAUUUUUAAGUUCAGAAUACAGUGGUACCUCGGGUUAAGUACUUAAUUUGUUCUGGAGGGUCCGUUCUUAACGUGAAAAUGUACUUAACCUGAAGCACCACUUUAGCUAAUGGGGCCUCCUGCUGCUGCUGUGCCACCAGAGCGCAAUUUCUGUUCUCAUCCUGAAGCAAAGUUCUUAACCUGAAGCACUAUUUCUGGGUUAGCGGAGUCUGUAACCUGAAGCGUAUGUAACCUGAAGCGUAUGUAACCCGAGGUACCACUGUAGAGUACAGUGGUACCUCGGGUUAAGAACUUAAUUCGUUCUGGAGGUCCGUUCUUAACCUGAAACUGUUCUUAACCUGAGGUAACACUUUAGCUAAUGGGCCCUCCCGCUGCCACCGCCUUGUCGCCGCCACACAAUUUCUGUCCUCAUCCUGAAGCAAAGUUCUUAACCCGAGGUACUAUUUCUGGGUUAGCGGAGUCUGUAACCUGAAGCAUCUGUAACCUGAAGCAUCUGUAACCCAAGGUACCAUUGUAGUUCCUUUGGAAGACGAUAAUCAGGCAUCCGCACAACAUGACCGGUUCAACGAAGUUGAUGUUGAAGAAUCAAGCUGUUGAUGUUUGUGUGUCUUCUUAGUGCUUCUGGGCCUUGUCACUCUGCUCCUGAUGCAGAAGAGCACACUCAGCCCCUUGGAGAGAUGUUUUGAGGAUCCAGAAUAUGAGGAGCUGCUGGAUAUCGCUAAGGAUGGGCUGGGCAAAACUGAAGAACCGAGACGGAUUGCGAUUGUGGGAGCCGGGGUUGCUGGACUUACAGCUGGGAAAGUGCUGCUGGAUGCUGGACACAAGGUGAUGGGGCCAGGGAGAAGGGGAGGCAUUGGCAGGGUGAGAAGCAAGGGAGGUGAGGCAGGGGUUGCAUAAUAACAGAAUUUUUUUAUUUGUACUCUGCCCGUUUGACUGGGUUGCCCCAGCCACUCUGGGCGGCUUCCAACAUACAGCAUAUAAAAACAUAAUGAAGCAUUACACAUUACAAAGCUUAUCUGAUGGGAGGGUGUUCCACAGGAUGGGUGCCACUACCGAGAAGGCCCUCUCCCUGGUUGCCCUCUUUCCUGUAAGUCAAGCCCACAUCCUGCCCCCUUGAUUCACAAUCUUCAGCCAACCUUGCCCAAACUCUUAUCUCGCUCAGGAUGUUUGGAUUUAAAGACACAAGGCAGUGUUUCAAGCUGAUCCAGUCUCUGAAGCAACAGCAGAGUGGCCCUACCAAAUUAUUUAAAAAUUUCGACAAUGGUUUCUGCACACGGGCAUGUGUAUGAAAUAUAGAUUGUUGUUUAGCCAUCCCAUGCAUAUUCCGGGGAAACCAAGGGGUUGAUUCCAGUGUGACCUGGUGCAGAUGUAAUCCUGAUUUCUUGCAAAUGACAGUUAAAGGUAGCACUGGGAAUGCACCUAAAUAGGAACCAUAGCUAACCUCGGCGUAUAUGUAAUGCUAAACCAUGGUUAAAGGCAGUGCUUUUUUUCUGGGGGGGUACGCAGGAGUAUGCAUGCCCCUAAACAUUUUGUGAAUCUAAGUUUGGCCUCAUUGAAGGGCAGUAUUUCAAUAUGAGUAUGAAAAUGAGAGUACCCCUGAACAUUUUUUUAAAGAAAAAAGCACUGGUUAAAGCCAACAAGGGAGAAUUUGUCCUCAAAAGGGAUUGAGGGAAUAGGAGGAGGACGGUAUGUGCGUUCCUGAGACUGUCUUCCAGUUUUCAAGCCCUGGUCCUUAUAUAGCCAGGUUUACAUUUCAAAGUACCAAGCCUGACAUUGACACAUGGCAUCUUCAGGCAGAUGCUGGGGACACAGCACUCUGGAAGGGACUAUAAUUGACACUUGCCCUGGGCUCCCAUUUAGACAAACAUUUGCUCCAGACGACUGGGCUUGCGAGCUGCUGUUUUAAUUUUCUGCAGUGCUCCUGACACAGCAUCCCUCCACUGUAUUGUGGGAAAUUAAAAAGGUGUCCCCCUUUCUGGUGCCUGAGAAUACAGAGGAUAGCCUUUCUUAAUAUUAUUAUUAUUAUUAUUAAUAAUAAUAAUAAUAAUAAUAAAUUUUAUUUAUACCCUGCCCUCCCCAGCCAAGGCCAGGGGAGGCUCAGGACGGCUAACAACCAAUAAUAAAAACGAGUUGAAUGAAUACAACUUAAAAACAACAUUAAAAUACAACAUUAAAACAUUAAAAUGCAGCCUCAUCACAGGAGGAGAAAAAAAGAAAGAAAGAGGGGGAGGGAAUCAAAUUGACUCCAAGCCAAAGGCCAGGUGGAACAACUCUGUCUUACAGGCCCUGCGGAAAGAAAUCAGAUCCUGCAGGGCCCUGGUCUCAUGAGACAGAGCGUUCCACCAGGCCGGAGCCAGUGUUGAGAAGGCCCUGGCUCUGGUUGAGGCUAAUUUAACUUCCUUAGGGCCCGGGACCUCUAGGGUGUUGCUAUUUAUGGACCUUAAGGUCCUCCGUGAGGCAUACCGGGAGAGGCGGUCCCAUAUGUCCAAGGGUCCUAGGCAUAAUGAUAUGGUCUCUACGGCAUAUACAGCUUUAAUCAUGGCGGCACCUGUCAACGUUGUACUCUCGAGAUGUCCUGGACUACAGCUCCCAUCAUCCCACUCUGGCUGGGAGCUGAUGGGAGUUGUAUUCCCAAAAAUCCGGAGGAUGCCACGUCGGCGACCCUUGUCUUACACCGUCGCUUUCUUCAGCAUAGUUUGGCAGGUUCAGGGGCUGAGUGGCUCCAAUAGCAGCCUUUCCCCUCUAGGGGAUGCUGGCUCCACUUGAGACCCAGGUGCGAGUAGAAAAACAAGAGCUUCACUUAGCCUAGAUUCCCCGUCUGCCUGCCCCCCCCCCCCGCCCUCUGCUUCUGCAGAGCAGGCUCAUUCCAGUCCAAUAACCCGGAUCAGCACGUUUGCUAUAUACUUUCCCCCCAUCAACAGGGCCAACUGGCAGGACUUAAUUACUAUUUUCUGCUGCAGGGCAAGCUUAUGAAAAACAAAUGAAAAAACUGGGUGGGCCACGGAGUGUGCAGUUGCACAAACCGCCAGGCAAUUAAAUAUGUAGAUGGCAGGCAUGAUCACUUCUAUUGUUGUUUUUGCAAAUCUUGCAAGCCUCUCUUUUAUUGGUGACCUGCCGUGCCACAAUGUGCAAGACAUAUUCAAGAGAAUGGGGAAGGUAGAUAGCCAGGGUGUGGAAUGUGGCCCUCUGAGCUUCUACAUCUGGCCCUCAAAAUUCUCCCCGGCUACAUCCCUGCAUUAGGGACGUGGGUGGCGCUGUGGGUUAAACCACAGAGCCUAGGACUUGCUGAUCAGAAGGUCAGUGGUUCAAAUCCCUGCGACAGGGUGAGCUCCCGUUGCUCGGUCCCUGCUCCUGCCAACCUAGCAGUUCGAAAGCACAUCAAAGUGCAAGUAGAUAAAUAGGUACCGCUCUGGCGGGAAGGUAAACGGCGUUUCCAUGCGCUGCUCUGCUUUGCCAGAAGCAGCUUAGUCAUGCUGGCCACAUGACCCGGAAGCUGUAUGCCGGCUCCCUCGGCCAGUAAAGCGAGAUGAGCACUGCAACCCCAGAGUCGGCCAUGACUGGACCUAAUGGUCAGGGGUCCCUUUACCUUUACAUCCCUGCAUUGCACAAGUGGUUUUGCUUGGCUUGAUUGCAUCUGGUUCAGUAUAAAGGCAGCUUCCUAUGCCAUGCAUGGGAAUGGAGAUCCAGAAUAUGUCAGGAUCACCCAUGUAUUUUUGACCCCAAAUCGGUUGACACUUUGCCAAGGAGCUAACCAAGGCACAGCAGUCUGGUUUCCCAACAGAGCAGUUGCCAAUGAGUCAGAUCUUGUGGCUUUAUUUAUACAGGUGCAUCUGUUCUGAAGCAGAGCUGUAAUCAUAACCAGAAAAACAGACCUUUCCCUCAGGGACCUUGGGUAAUCUCUGACAAACAGUUCCUCCAGAAUGUGACGUUUUCAAGAUGUUAGCUGAUUGAAAGCACCAGGCUGCGGAACAGAAUUCACCUACCUGUCUCCUGACCUGUUUUUCUCAAUUUGGUUUUGGAGCUAGCUCCGAACCACUGCCAAAAUUUAUUCUGCUGUCUGCCCUCCUAACCUGUAACACAGCAGAGUAUGCAAAGAUCCUUGCGUACUGGUGUCUGUGUGCAUCCUGGUGUGUGCAAAAGAUCUGUUGAUCAGGGCACUAAUCCAGCACUGACCUUAGAAAGGAGAGCAAAGGAAGAGGCAUCUCUGAAGUUACAGACAUAGCAGCGUAGGAAGCUCUCCUUUGCUGAACCAGACUGAAAUAUACUCCGAGUCGAGAGUGGAUUUCAGGCUCUUUAUUCAGCUCAUAGUGGUGAGGAGGAAUGAAAGUUUCCCCAAAGUAUCUGCUUUAUAUACAUUAUUUACACAAUGGGCUGCACGUGAUUGGCUAAUUCCGGAAUUCUCCUGUAGGCCAAUCAGGUUGUGGAUUCACUUCUAUCUGGAGCUGGAUUGGGUGGCUCCUGCAGACCAAUCAUACUGCUGCAUUGUUCUAGGACCAAUCAGACUGCUGCAUUCUGAAUCCUAUUGUUCUAGGACCAAUCAGACUGCUGCAUUUUGGAUCCUAUUUAACUCAGUACAUAACACAGACCCAUGGUCCUCCUAGCUAAGGAUUGUUUACUGAGCAGCUUUCCAAUAUUUCAGACAGAGGGACUUUCCCAACCGUACCCAGAGAUGGUGGGGAUUGAACCUGAGAUCUUCUGCAUGCAAGGGAGACGCACUGCUGCUGAGCCAUGCCCCGUCCCCAGAUAAAGUGAAGAAGCUUGAUCUUGCUCUUGUACAGGGAAACCCCACUGAAACAAAGCAGCAAUUGCAGGCGGCACCCCACUCAACUUGCACACAGCUGCAUAUAGGCACCCACCUUAGGGGAAAGUGGUGGCUGGGAGGCAGAGAAGCAGUUGGCACUGCCAGCUGAUUGGCUCUCUCCCUGGCAAGCAAGCCAAUGGCAGCAGUGGUGAUGAGGACAAUCAGCUGGCUGUGAAAGUCGUGAGGAGCUAGACUCUUGGAGGGAAAGGAGUCUUUCCCACGAGCCCUCCAAAAUCCAGAGCCAACACUGCUGGCAUCUGCACCUUUCCAGCUGUUCUGUGCCUCCCAAGGGGAGUCUGCCCCAAACCACCGAAGAACAGCCUACACCAUGGGUAGGCAAACUAAGGCCCGGGGGCUGGAUCCGGCCCAAUUGCCUUCUAAAUCUGGCCUGCGGAUGGUCCAGGAAUCAGCAUGUUUUUACAUGAGUAGAAUGUCUCCUUUUAUUUAAAAUGCAUCUCUGGGUUAUUUGUGGGGCCUGCCUGGUGUUUUUACAUGAGUAGAAUGUGUGCUUUUAUUUAAAAUGCAUCUCUGGGUUAUUUGCGGGGCAUAGGAAUUCAUUCAUAUUUUUUUUCUGGCCCCUCACGAGGUCUGAGGCUCAGUGGCCUGGCCCCCCGCUGAAAAAGUUUGCUGACCCCUGGCCUACACAAUACAACCCAGACUUCAGCAGCAGCUGAAUGCGAGUCAGCGCUUGCAUGCCAGAAGAACGCUGCCCAGUCCUUCCGACUCAAUGAACUCAAAGCUGAUGUUCCUGCAAACGGCCAUUUUGAAUCUGCACAGUCCCCACUCUCUAGUAGCAUCUUCUACAGAAAGAUGCUUCUUGCAGUUUGUGUUUCAAUAAGAUAUCAGCAGGGUCCAUUUCUUCUGCCCUCAGUGCCACCAGCCUAAGUCCAUUCUGAGAGCAGAUUUUACCCCUGAGCUUGUCCAUUUUGCCAAUCCCCAGUAUGGGCAUCAAGCAUUCCUCAACAGUGUAACUUCCAGGCAAACUUAGCAGGUAGAACACUCAGGCUAAGUAAUCUGACAGCAAGUUGAUAAUUGCCCUUGAAUAACACCAGCAGAUCCAACGUGGCAGCAACUUCUGAAAGGUAACAGCCAAUAUCCAAGGCUUGUAAGUCUUAAUUACAAACUCACCGGAGAUGAAUGAAUGAAAUCAGCAUGAGUCACCAGACAUCUCUUGACACAUGAAUCUGCUGGUAUGAUAUAAUUUGCUUAACCUGCCUAGAAUAAGGUGCCAGUGACAGACCGUCCAGGGACUACAGCUCCCAUCAUCCCUGACCAUUUGCCAUGCUGGCAGGGGCUGAUGGGAGUUGCAGUCCAACAUCUGGAGGCUGAGGAAAGCUGCUAUAAUCAGGACUAUAAAUAUUGGACUGGGUAUUCUCAUAAAACAAACACUUUGGCCCUUUCCCAUGGGGACAUUCUUCAACAUUGUUCAGUGGAGGCCAUUUUGCAACCACUGCAAUUAUAGUUCUUCUUUUGCCCACCCCCCAGGUGACAAUUCUAGAAGCCAGCAGCUGUGUGGGAGGCAGGAUGGAGACUUACCGUGAUCCCGAGGGGGGCUGGUAUGUGGAUUUGGGCCCGAGGCGCCUGCCUUUCAGCCACAGGUAAGAAGGGGCAGUGAUAUUCCCAUGGUGGUGUGUGGCUGAUAACAUUUGAUGGAGGGAAAGAGAGUUGGUAUGACAGCCACCUUCAAAUGAGAGCCAGUGUGGUGUAGUGGUUAAGAGCGGUAGACUUGUAAUCUGGUGAACCGGGUUCGAUUCCCCACUCCUCCACAUGCAGCUGCUGGGUGACCUUGGGCUAGUCACACUUCUCUGAAGUCUCUCAGCCCCACUCACCUCACAGAGUGUUUGUUGUGGGGAAGGAAGGGAAAGGAGAAUGUUAGCCGCUUUGAGACUCCUUCGGGUAGUGACAAAGCGGGAUAUCAAAUCCAAACUCUUCUUCUCUUCUUCAAAUAGAGGGAGGGCUGUCACAUAGGAGGUGAAAGGAGCUUGUUUCCUGCUGCUCCGAAGGGUAGGGCCUGAACCAAUGGAUUCAAAAUGGCAAGAAAGGACAUUCCGACUAAAUAUUAGGAAGAGCUUUCUGAUAGUAAUAGCUGUUUGACAGUAAAACAGACUUCUCUCAGAAGGCGGUGGACUCUCGUUCAUUGCAGGUUUUUAAGCAGAGGUUCGGCGGCCAUCUGUCAGGGAUUCUUUAGCAGUGAUUGCUACGUUGCAGUGGGUUGGUCUAGAUGACCUUUGGGGUGUCCCUUCCAACUCUGCAAUUCUGUGACUCAAUGAGAACAAAAUCAAGAGCAAAACUGAAAUGAGUCUGAUGGUAAGAUGCCCGUCAUCAUGUCAUGCAGCAUGUGCAGAGAUGGGAGGCGUUGCAAUUUUAGGGGACCCUGUGGUGUGCAGUGGAUCCCUGCGGUCACUAAAUCUUAGAGUUGGAAGGGAUCCCAAGGGUCAUCUAGUCCAACCCCCUGCAAUGCAGGAAUCUCAGCUAAAGCAUCCAUGACAGAUGGCCAUCCAACCUCUGCUUAAAAACCUCCAAGAAAGGAGAGUCCACCACCUCUCAUUGGAGUCUGUUCCACUGCCGAACUGCUCUUACUGUCAGAAAGUUUUUUUGAAUGUUUGGUCAUUGCAUACUCCAUUCAUUCAUUUAAUUGCAUUUGUAUUGUCUCCACCUUUUUCUCCAAGGAGCUCAAAGGGGCCUCCAUGGCUCUCCCCUUCCCCAUUUAAUCCCCACAACAACAUUGUGAGGUAGGUUAGGCUGAGAGGCCCAGUGAACUUUGUGGCGGAGUGGGGAUUUGAACCUGGUCUCCCAGGUCCCAGUCUGACACUCUAACCAUUACACCACGCUGGCUCUUCCGCACUACAGCUUCCCCUGCACGAUCAAAGUCAGCAGAAGUGGAGUGUCCAGUUUCAGAGGGAGAGGGCAUGUGCUGCCCUCAGUCCCCAAAUGUAGCACCUUACCUUUCCCCCAUAGAAAUGGAUGACAGCCAUUCCCCCAUAUGUCAGGAUGCAAAGGUACACUGACACGACUGGGUAAGAGUUGAACCUGUUCCUUAUCUCUUGCUGAUCCCGGCCAUUAUGAAUUCAGCCUUCCUGUUUCUGGGGCUGUGCUUCUUGGUCAUGCUAGAGUGUGACAGAAUAUUUGGAACCAGCUUUUGGGGGGAAAAGAGACAGACAGACAGACAGACAGAAAGAAAGAAAGAAAGAAAGAGGUUGCUCCAGCAACAGGCCAUAUGAUUGCCAAGUUGCAAGCUAGAGAUAUUCCCCUUUUAACUUUGUUUCCGCUCUUGAAUCAGGAGAAGAGACAGUUGGGGCUUCCCCCUGUUUUGUUUUCCUCUAGUCCACACCCUUUCCCACCUGGGAUCCAGCUUGUUACAGCAGGUGUGGGAUGAGUGGGUGGGAGGAUACUGGGGGGGAGAAGCCACAUCCAUUACAUCUCCUAUUCCAGCAGCAGAAUUUAAAGGCAACUCUCCAGGUUGCAACCUAGCCAGCGACUGUCCAGUUCUGUGGGAGUGGGAAGCUCCCAGAGGAAGUGAUAAACUUUCAGCACCUUGAACAGCUCCAAUGAGUCCUGCUAAGGCAAGCGGCUACCUGAAAUGUUGUCUGUGCAGAGAGCUAGUACCAAGGGAAGCCUUGUGUAGGCUGAUCAAACCUAGUAGGCUCUGUCAGCCUAGAGGCGCUGGCCGGGUAGUUAAAGGGCCCUCAGCUUAUUUUAAAGUCUUUGGCUUCUGUGAGGUUGGGACAACAGAAGUAUUGCAGGGAACCCUGCUUCUGGGAGGUUGGAAAGACAGAGAUACUGCAGGGAAUGGUGUCAGGCCUGUGUUUCCAGAAGGCCUCUGGUGUGUUUGGGUUUGUUUGUUUUUUGCCUGUUUAUUUAUCUAAUUUAUACCCUGCCCUUCUUCUAAGGAGUCCAGGGUGGCAAACAUGUAUACAAUUUAAAAACAGGAACAAAGAGAAAUGUUAUAAAACAGAUCAAAACAUUCUAAAAAAUAAUUAAAAACAUCUAAAAGGUGUUACAAUUUUAAACGUUCUAAAAGCAACUGCAGUGAAAAACACACAUCCAUCUCGAGUUUGCCAGGAACAGUAUUCUUCAGACACCAAAUUCCUGUGUAAGCAGGAACCUUUUCAAAUCCCUCCUUGAUGGAGACAGGAACACCUCACUGUGUAGCACAUUCCACAACCUGGGGACCACCACUGAAAAGGCCCUGUCAUGGAUGAGGACCAACCUGUGAAUGAGAUGCUGGUGGUUCUUUGAGGAGGUUUCCUGAACCCUUUCUUCGUCAAAGUUCUCCACCCUAUACAGUAAAGUCUCUGUUGGGACAUGACAUGCCGUGGUAGACCAUGGCAACGGAACAGGAGGCACAAUAAGGGAACAAACUAUGCAGAAAAACUAAACGCGGGAAAUCAAAGACUAAUGGCAUAAUAAACACACCCCUUUAUGUUUAAUACCCAUUCUUCCCCUCUGUUACCAUCUUUCCUCCUACUCUUCCCCUCUGAUCUGCCCAUUGGCUCUCUCUACCUCCAUGCAGAAUUGUCCGGGAAUAUGUUGCAAAAUAUGGCCUGAAAUUAAACCAUUAUCCAGAUGGCAAUGGCAACGCCUGGUACCUGGUGAACAAUAUCCGAGCCAGAGUCAAAGAGGUGGAGAAGAAUCCAGACAUUCUGGGAUACCCUGUAGAUCCCUCCGAACGUGGGAAGUCUGCUGUGGAGCUGUAUUAUGAAGCGUUGAAACCGGUGAGUUUCUUUUCGUAAACCACUUUGAGGUGUGUGUUUUUUUAAAAAAACCAUCAAGUAGUGUAUAAAUUUUAUGAAAUAAAUGAGAGAGUGUGUGUGCAUGUGUGUGUUUGUGAACACAGUUGCCAACAGGUUAGCAGGGAGCAAUACCAGCCUGCCAGAGGGGUAUCUGUGCUACUCUGUCGCAGCAAAAACUGCCAAGAGACCUGUGGUAUCUUAAAGACUAACACUUUUUAGUGUGGCGUUGACACAAACACACACACACACACUAUAUAUAUCUUCUUCUUCUUCUUCUUUGGCAUUCACUCGUAGCCGAGUAAGAUUGUCUUCCAUAAACACAUUUUAAACAAUGAGUCCAUGACUGUGGAGGCCAAUUCUGGAUCCACACGUCCUUCCACAGUGGGGACAUUGGUUUCCAGGCAGGAGUUGAUCACGGUGUGGGUUUGCCAAGCGUGCCUUCCUCUUAGCACCUUUCUCCCUUGUGUCCUGAGUUCGAGUGUCUUCAAAGCCCACAACACCUUUGGUAAAGGCUGUUCUUCAAUUGGAGUUCUCGCAGGCCAGUGUUUCCCAGUUGUCAGUGUUUAUACUACAUUUUUUAAGAUUUGCCUUGAGACAGUAUUUAAACCUCUUUUGUUGACCACCAGCAUUAUGCUUUCCAUUUUUAAGUUCAGAAUAGAGUAGUUGCUUUGGAAGACCACACACACUAUGCAAAGGGGCAUAGUUGUACACAGUGGUGCCAAAGGGAAGUGAAAUGUAAGAAGUCUCGACAGUGAUAAUUCAGUUAGACCUAGAACAUAUGGGUAGCUCCCAACAAAAAAAAUAGCAAAAACACAAUACAACAUCAAACACUAAAAACUUCUCUAAACAGGGCUGCCUUCAGAUGUCUUUUAAAAUCACAUAGCUGUUUAUCUGCUUGACAUUUGAUGAGAGGGCAUUCCACAAGGCGGGUGCCACUACCAAGAAGGCCCUCUGCCUGGUUCCCUGUAGCCUCACCUCUUGCAAUGAGGAACCACCAGAAGGCCCUGGGAGCUGGAUCUCAGCGUGAGUGGAGAUGCUCCUCCAGGUAUACAAGGCUGAAGCAGUUUUUUAUUUAUUUUUGUUUUUAUUUUAUGUUGUAAACUAUGUGAUAUUUGGCUGAAGGGUGGUAUAUAAGUCUAGCAUUAUUAUUAUUAUUAUUAUUAUUAUUAUUAUUAUUUAACCUUCUGUUUCUCAAAACCUGAGGUUGAUGGGGAGAAAAGGAGGACACACUUUGCCAUUCAAGGACAGUCCUACAAUAACCCGUCUUCGUUUGUGCCCUUCAGAUAGAAGAGGACUUGGCGAGAUCAAACUGCAGCCAUGUGCUUGAAAAAUACGAUGCCUAUUCUCUCAAGGUGCUGUUUUAUUGAUAUACGUGGGUGAUAUUUGCUGUUUGUGGCACUGCUUCUCCCUCUUUUUAUAUAUAUUACAUUACUUUGCGGAAUUGAGAGCCCCAUUUGAUGAUACACAAGACGUGGAAAUGCUCUUGCUUGUGCAAUGCUGUGAUUUGCAUCUCUCCAGCCCCAUCCCACUUUACUGGCUGUUGGAAAUAUCAAAGGGACACAGAGCAGCGACAGUUCCAUGUCUGGUUUGGCACUGUUAAGUGCAGACCUCUCCAUCCAUUCAUAAUUCAUAUGAGUCUGUUCUGGCCAAACUAAACUACAAGCCAACAUUGGCCCAAGUUCAUGUAGGUUUGCAAAACCUUGCAUUUCUGCCACCAGGGGGCAGCAGAGUGCUACCACGUGUAUAAAGACUGCAAUAAAAAUAAUUGUCUGUUUGUUUAAUUGAAUUUGAUUAUUUUGAAACAUUCAGUUCAAAGUCUAGAGUACAAUUUUUUUAAAGUCAACACCUGAAAUUUGGAUUUUGGAAUACAACUCAUGCUUUGAGAAGCGGGACGGAAAAUUGUUAAGCUUUCACAAGGAAAACUCAUCCUUUGAGUUUUGACAUUGAAACGUGUAUGUUGAAAUUUGGAAGACGGUUUUCAAAAGUUGUUAGUUUAGUUGUUUUUAAUUUAGGGUAUACGGCAGCCUUUGAAUUUUAGGCAAAGAUGUGUUUAAGCUCUAUCAAUAUUUCCACUUGAGUGCAGCCAUAUUAUUCCUCAUACACUCUUCCACCUUCACAGGCAUAUCUGAUCGAAAAGGGAAAUCUAAGCCACGCAGCCGUCCGAAUGAUUGGAGACCUGAUUAACCUGAGUGCAGAGUUUUCCUGCAGUUUCAUUGAAUUCCUCCGAGAAGUUUUCCUGUUUACCCGUGAAAAGAGGUAAUAAAAGCGGGUUGCAUAGGUGCUGGCUCCCUGGGAGAAAUUCCCCAUGAAGGGGAAUUUACUUUUCAGUAUUCUGCUAAACAUUGGGACGCGGGUGGCGCUGUGGGUUAAACCACAGAGCCUAGGACUUGCUGAUCAGAAGGUCGGCGGUUCGAAUCCCCGCGACGGGGUGAGCUCUGGUUGCUCGGUCCCUGCUCCUGCCAACCUAGCAGUUCGAAAGCACGUCAAAGUGCAAGUAGAUAAAUAGGUACUGCUCCAGCGGGAAGGUAAACGGUGUUUCCAUGCGCUGCUCUGGUUCGCCAGAAGCGGCUUAGUCAUGCUGGCCACAUGACCCGGAACCUGUACACCGGCUCCCUUGGCCUAUAGAGCGAGAUGAGCGCCGCAACCCCAGAGUCGGCCACGACUGGACCUAAUGGUCAGGGGUCCCUUUUCCUUUUUAUUCUGCUAAACACGUGGGAACGGGUGGAGGUAUCAGGAGGUGUGGAGGGCCUGUGUGAGAAAUCCCACUCCCCUACCCACAUGUCUCGGACAUUUCGAGAGUCGGACGGACUUCCAGAACGAAUUAAGUUUGAGAACCAAGAUUCCACUGUACAGUGGUACCUCGGGUUACAUACGCUUCAGGUUACAUACACUUCAGGUUACAGACUCCACCAACCCAGAAAUAGUACCCCGGGUUAAGAACUUUGCUUCAGGAUGAGAACAGAAAUCAUGCUCCAGCGGCAUGGCGGCAGUGGGAGGCCCCAUUGGCUAAAGUGGUGCUUCAGGUUAAGAACAGUUUCAGGUUAAGAACGGACCUCCGGAACAAAUUAAGUACUUAACCUGAGGUACCACUGUAUAUAAAUUCAAUAAAUAAAUAAAUACACACUCACACACACUCCUGGUAGUUGAAUGAGCAUGUCUAGCAGAAACGACUUCUCAAGCCUUUUCUUGACCUCCAGGUACGAUGAGAUCGCUGGCGGGUUCGAUAUGCUGCCCAGGGCUAUUCACCAGUCACUACCAGCUGGCACCGUGAUGCUCAACAGCACCGUGACAGAGAUCCUCAGAGAGGGGGACAUGGUUUCGGUGCUCUACCAUCCUUCCAGCUCCCUGGCCUCGUCGGGCACCAUCCUGGCUGACUACGUCAUCGUCACGUCCACGGCAGAGGCCACACGCCUCAUCCGCUUCCACCCUCCCCUCUCGCCUGCCAAGACCCAGGCGCUCCGUUCUCUACGCUCCACAGGAGCCACCAAAGUGGCCUUGGCCUGUUCUAAGAAGUUCUGGGAGGAAGAAGGAGAAGAGAUCUACGGUGGAACCUCCAUCAGUGACCUGCCCUCCAGGAUCACCACUUACCCCAACCACAACUUCUCCAGCGGCCUGGGGGUCAUCCUGGGCUCCCAGACUUACGGGGAUGACUCGGAGUUUUUUGCUCCCCUCAGCCCCCAACAGGCUGUCGACGUGGUUCUGAGGGACUUGUCCACUAUCCACCAGCGCCCCCUGGAAGAGCUGAGGCGUCUUUGCAGCCGGUGGGUGGUCAAAAAAUGGAACCUGGACCCCCACGCCAUGGGGGCCUUCACCCUCUUCAGGCCUUACCAGCUGAGCGAACACGCGGAGGCCCUCGCCCGCAAGGAGGGGAGGGUCUAUUUUGCCGGAGAGCACACGGCUUUGCCACAUGGUUGGAUUGACACUGCGAUGAAAUCAGCCCUGAGGGCAGCCAGGGAUGUCCACUGGCAUGCAGGGGCAUGUGGUCACCAGACAGGCAUUUUUGGUGAUCAAGGGGGUGGCUCGGAAGUUUGUAAACCUCCUUGAUCCGUUGUAAGGCUAUGCCGCCUUUAAAAAUUUAGAAGCAGUGAGUAAAUAAAGAUGACUCAUCUGAAUCGUUUUCGUCAGUGUUUGAAAACACAUGGAAUAUUAUUCUGUAAGCCCUUGUGAAACGGUUCGCCUGCUCUUUUAAGUUGCCCCCACUCGGGUCUUUUGAAUAUGCCUCUACCUCUGAGUCCACAUCUUCAGUUGUUGUCAGUCAGGUGGGUAUCUUCCAGAUGUGGCUUUGCAACGCUUCAAAUUGACCUCCGUCGCCCUUAGUAAUGUUAUCACGUAUCACAUAAUCAGAUGUGUUUGGCUACGUAACACAAUAGAAGGGUCACGCUCACCAGUUGGUUGGGAUCAUCCAUGUGACUCAUCUAGGAAGUGUCACCCUCAUUCUUGCUUGCCUCACUUGAUCGCAGCAAUGUCAUCAGAUACCUAAUUUGUACCUGCUAAGUGAUGACAUCCUGUUUUUGCUUUGACCAUGAUUGGCUACUCUAUAGACCCAUGUGGCCAAUCCAGGGUGGAGAAAGCAUAAGAAAACUCUGAGAGAUGAUCAAGCCACUACUGUGGCUGUAGAGGCUGAUACGGGAGAGACAUGUUUGGUUGUUGUUGUUUUUAAAUAUUUUUUAUUAGUUUUAGCUUACAAAAUUUUAAAGACAUACCACACAAAUUAUUACACACAUAUUCUUAUUUGGACUCCCUUCAGCUCCUCUGAUAAUCCUCCGUCGUGUUCACAUCUCUUGCAAUUCUUGACUUAAUAUUGCCUUUACAUUUCUUAACAGAUCAUCUCUCCCUUUCCAUUUUUACAAUAUUUCUUAAAUUACUCCUCACAGAACUUCUUGUAAACCUACAAACGUAGUUUGAUCAUCACAAAUACUUUUCAGAUAUUCUGUAAAUUUAGUCCAGUCUUCGGUGAAUUUCUGGUCCCGCCGGUUUCGGAUCAUUCCUGUUAGCUUAUCCAAUUCUGUGUAGUCCAUUAGUUUCAUCCUCCAUUCUUCCAACGUUGGUAAUUUUUCUUGCUUCCAUUUUUAGGCCAGUAAUAUUCUUGCUGCAGUUACCGCAUAUAAGAAAAUUUUACAAUCUUUUCUAUUUGGGAGAGACAUGUUUUGUUGCAGCUAGGGCAGAUGAAGGUGUCCGGUUGUGCUGCAGCAGGUGCUCCAUGGCACAUUUUCUUUCUGCAGUCCUUCCUCCUCUGGUCACUGCUAUUAUGCAUCAGAUCACAUGAAAACAAGCACUUUUGGGCUUGCAUAUUUCUCUGCUGCUGACUUCCUACCUUCAAUUUCUGCCAGCCUUGCCAGAGAUAAUUCAGAUGUGGCUGUUGCAACAUGAGGGCACUGGGGCCAUGCCUAAGGAAAGCAGGCGAUAUCGCUCCCAUUUAUUGAUAACCAGUCGUGAAACCUGCAACACCAGAUCCUAUAAAACAGCCCUCCCCAGCCCCAGCAAGCAACCAGAGCAGGAAGAGCAGGACUCCUGUACCUUUAAUAGUUGCACUAAUUUAUGGUAGGUGUAGCUUUAAACUCUCGUCCAUGUAAGCUGUCAAAAAUUAUCCAUCUAAAUGCCUAAACAACACCCUUGGGUCCUGUGCAUGUGUUUGCUCUACAAAUGGCAUUGGCACACCACAACAUUUAUUGCACCAUGGGGUGUGUUUCGCCAUGCCCAUUUACUGGGUGACAUUGUCCAGCUCAGCAUCGACAGAAAGGUUGCUGGUUAUGGUGGAAGCCAGGUAGACAGAACCAGCUACCACUUCAGGUGUCCCAGGAUGUUGUUGGUCUUCGUUAGGCUGAUGGUGAGGCCAAACGCCCUGCAGGCUCGGGCGAAACGGUCCAUUAGUCUUGGCAGAGCUUCCUCAGAGUACGCUGUCAUCUGCAAACAACAACUCUCAGAUAAGGACCCGCCGUACUGUCAAAGUCACACUUUACAGAUAAAACGAAGAACUCUGGAAUACCGACACAUUCUCUUAUUAUGCAUGAUGCUGAGGCUAUCUUAAGAUUCACUUUAAAGCUGAAAUGAAAAAUGUAGAGAGAGAAAGAAAGAAAAAUUAAAUUCACAAAGCUUUUUUUUUAUUUUAAAGGAACCUGCAGGCACCUCCUCUUGUGGAAUGUUUAAAAAGUUAACCUAUUAAAAGAAAACAGUCAACUUCUUGUGAAGGUUUUGAAGAAAUGUGGGUCAGUUUGUUUCAUUUGGGAAUCUGUUAUGUACUGAAUAGAAUAGGAUCCAAAUUGCAGCAGUCUGAUUGGUCCUAGAACAAUAGAAUCCAGAAUGCAGCAGUCUGAUUGGUCCACUGGAGCCACCCAAUCCAACUCCAGGUGGAAGUGAAUCCGCAGCCUGAUUGGCCUACAGGAGAAUCCCGGAACUGACCAAUCACGUGGGGCCCAUUGUGUAAAUAAUGUAUAUAAAGCAGACAUUUCGGGGGAAUUUCGAUUCCUCACUACUAUGAGCGGAAUAAAGAGCUUGAAAUCC